AAACAAGAUGGCGAUUUUUGUUGUGUGCUGUAUAUCUGUGUUUGGUAAUUUGAUAAUUAACGCGUAAAAAAUGGAGGAUUUAAUGAAAUUUGUGAGAAAAUGUGAUCCAAAAAAGACAAGGAAACGAUCUGUGAAUAAAGCAACCUGGAAACGUGAGAUUCUACGCGAAAUACGGUACAAACCUUCAAGCUUGCCUCAGUUUCCGCAGUGUGGACACAAGCAAAAGGCGUUUCGAUGUAGUGAAUUAUCAUGUCAAGAUAUAAGAAAAUUUCACAAGAAUAUCUAUAAGUGUACUACGAAAGUGAAGCAGGACUGUUUUAUACUGAAAUAUUGUAAUAUAUCAGAAGCUAAGUCAUUAAAACCCAACAGUAAAAGAAGAGUUUCUAUUAAGUAUACUAUACUUAGUGAAAAUGGGACCAAAAUACCGGUUUGUCAAAAAACUUUCAUGAGAGCACUAAUAAUAAAGAAAAAUCGAAUACAGGGCGUAAUACAAUACAAUACAAUACAAUACAAUAACUUUAUUUCAGGCAUCAAGGACUUAAAAAUUAAGAACAUUGGCCCAUAGCAAUAUAUACCUUAACCUAAAAAUAUAUAUAAAAUAUUGACAUAACUUAACACUAUUUAGGGAACUUUUUUCUUUGGCGCGUCCCUGUAUCGGCGAAACACUACCCCAGAGGGCCAGAAAUCGGGAGCGAGGAAUGUCUCUUUAUGUUUUGCAGGAACCUGGAGUACGUAGGAUUUGAAGUUCGUUGACCUAUUAGACUCCAGACGCUGCAAAUGUAAAGAGAUCGGAUCCUCAAUGCGGCAUCGGCUUCGUUCUUCCACGAAGCGCAGGACGUCUUCUUCCGACGUACUUCUGUCCAAACGGGAGAUGUAGAGUUGUAUGGUUGGCUCCACAGCACGCAGAGUUGUACUCGCGUUUAUUUUCGCGGUCCCACGCUGGUUACAGACGGGUCGCGACCGACGUCUCUUCUCAACAAGAGUAAACCCGUCCUUACCAAUCUUGUCUUGGGUCACCACUGGAACUGAUUUUAUUUCCACAUUUUUCCGCUUUGGACCACAAGAGGGUGCCGGUUGUAAAGAUUUACGGGCAACAUCCGCAAACGUCUUCCCUUGUUUUGAGGUUGGCUUCGGCGGAGGAGUACCAAUGGGUUCAGUCAAGGGUUGAGGUGGUGAUGCAAUGACGACCGAGGUCGCCCUAGUUUCUCGGUCAUCAACCCGCUGACAGACGGUAUUGCGUGACGGAGUCGCAAUCAUCGGUGAAAUAUGACUACUAUUACGGUUACCGCGUGUCGUAUUCACAUUCUGCGACGACGGUGAAUUUGCAGAUGUUGCAAUUAUGUUGCGCAACAUAUUGACUUCGUUCCUCAGCUCUGUUGCGGCUCGUUCUGAUUUCUCAAAUUUGGAACGGAUGUCGGUAAUAUCAGCUCUCAACGUGGUGAUGUCUUUCAACAAUCUGGUGACGUCUACGUGAUCGAACGUCACGGGAGGCAGCUUGUUGAGAUCACGCGCGACGAAAGUUGGGAUGUCAUCAGGGUCGGUCUCAUUGAACAGCCUGAAGAUGUCUUGCAGGUCUUUCUUACCGCGUCCAUCCCUGUGACGUGUGAUAAGACGGAUUUGGGUCACGGCUGAAUCUGCUAACACCUUCUUCGCUUGGAUGAUCUCGUCCUCGGUGAAGCUUGUCAUCAGUAUCUGCUCCAGAGACACCUGGUCCAUGACGUCCAAUUUUUGUUGAACAAAGGCCAGCAACUCGUGGAUUACGACGGUUUCGGAACGUUUAGGUUGACACGCCAUUUCGAAUUAUUUUUGCGCAGUAGGUAUGCUUACGCUACAAAAAUACUGUAAGUUCGGCAUUAGAGCCGUCACGUCAUUAUGAAGCGACUGCACUAACCGGUAGUAGAAUUGCGACUGAUACUGUAAUGAACAGAUUUUUAAAUAGCGGAGGUGAAAUGCCAGAAGAGAAGCGUGGAGGUGACAGGAAGAGAGAAAAAUACGAGGCAAAAAGGUUAUCCGUCGAAUGGUUCAUCGAAUGCUUUCAGGGACAAGAGAGUCACUAUUGUCGUUCGAAAAGUAUCAAUAGAAUAUAUCUUGCUUCAGGCUUGACAAUACGUAAAAUGUGGCGAAUGUAUAACACUGCCCGUGACGAGGAUUUGAGAGUUAAACAAAGUUUUUUCAGACACGUUUUUAAUACUAAGUAUAGUAUAGGCUUUGGGAAUCCUAGGACAGACGUGUGUUCAACGUGCAUUGAACUGUUAGAACGCAUAAAAACGGAGAAGGACGCUUCCAAGAAAAAUGUACUUAUGGUCGAAAAAACAAUUCAUCGCCUUAAAUACAAAGCCUUCUAUGCAAUAUUGCAAGAAGAAAAUGAAAUUCUUCAAACCAUAACCUUCGAUUGCCAAAAAAACCAGCCAAUGCCCAAAGUUCCGGAUCAAUCUGCCUACUACAGUCGUCAAAUCAACUUUUACCACUUCGCCAUUCUUGUGGGAAAUUCGAAGGCUAAACUGGACAAAAGUAACAUUCAUUCCUACUAUUGGGAUGAAACUUCACACUGUAAAGGUAGUAAUGAGAUAAUUAGCGCAGUUUACGAUUUUUUGAAAAACUUUGAAUUUGGAGAUAAAAUAAAAAUUCUACGAAUAGUUUCCGAUGGUUGCGCCGGACAAAACAAAAAUACAGGCAUGAUAGCUAUGCUCGGUAAAUGGCUGUACACAGAAGCCCCAACAAAUAUCAAGGAAAUAGAGCUGAUCUUCCCUGUUGUAGGUCACUCCUUUAUACCUCCAGAUAGGUUGUUUGCCAAAAUUGAAAAAAUAUUGAAAACUAAAGAAGUGAUAACCUCUCCAUCCGAAUAUGCAGCUGUCUUAGAACAAAAUGGUAUGUGCAAAGAUCUAGCAUCAAUUCCUGUAUUUGAUUGGAAAAAAAGUUACGAGUCCAUUAUUAAACCUACUACGUCUUGGCAUUUUCAGUUUAUGAAAACAAAAAGGUUUUUUAUUACAAGAACGAAAACAGAAAACAUUUUAGUACAGGGUGAAGAGACGUAUAGAAACGAAAUUCGCGAAAAAAAGACUAUCACAAAAAAGAAUAAAAAAAUCACUAUGAUAUCUCCUCAAGUAAUCCAGCCAAAUCGUGUUUACAUAAAACAAGCAAAAAUUCAAGACGUCGAUAGACUUCUUAAAAAAAGACUGGAGAUGGGUGGAGAAAUUUGGAAGAAUUGAUUUUUUUUAAAACUGUAGUGUAGAGAAUGAGUAUUGCUGAAACGGGAGACUUUCUGAGAUUGUCAGAAGAAACUGAUUUGUGUGAAGCAGGAUUUACGGAUAAUAUUUCUCACGUUUAAAUUCUUUAAUUUUUAAUAUAUUUUUAAUAUGUACAUAAAUUAAAUUAUAAAAGCACAAUAAAACAUUUUAUUUUAUGCCUUUAACAGAUUAUUCAUUAUUUUUUUAUUUAUCAAUCAAAAGAAAUUACUUAAUUCUGGAUUUUUAUUAGACUUAAUGAAAGCUACAUUCACCUAGUUUCUUAUUUUGGUUGAUCUUGGCGCUUGUUGAUAUCUUAUAUAACACCAUCCUUUGUUAAGAUUGUGUCAGUUGCAAAACCCACUAAAAAGUGACAUGUUACUCGUAAUAUCAAAUUUCUCUUAUUUCAGGAGUGAGUUUCAAAAGCCGCUAAAAUAAAAGAAAAAACCUCCAUAUUUUUGUUUAUUUAACUGAUUUGUUGCUGAAAAAGGGAUUUUAAAGUUUUGCCAUAUUCUGUGGAUUCAUAUCAUACAAAAAAGAUUAUUGUCUAUAACAUUUAUCGACAACGAGAAGUUUUUACUUGUUUGUGAAAAAUAAGCAAAACUUAUUUUAGUGGCUUUUGAAACUAGAUGACUCAAAUGUAGAUUGUUUAUAACAAGAAAAUAUCUUGAGUAAAUGUAUAUAAUUUAACAAUAAAUUCC